GGCGGGCGCUGCCAUGUUGGCGGAAGAGGUGCCCUCUGUGCCGUGGAAACGGGUCGUGGCUGCGGCCGCCGAGUCCGUGCACGCAGCCGGCUGCUUCUCCUUGCUGGGGUGUCAGCGCUGAGAGGCGGCGACCGGCGGGAUGGAGAAGAGUAGGAUGAACCUGCCCAAGGGGCCGGACACACUCUGCUUCGACAAGGACGAGUUCAUGAAGGAAGAUUUUGACGUCGAUCACUUUGUGUCCGACUGUCGGAAGCGUGUCCAGCUGGAGGAGCUGAGGGAUGACCUGGAGCUGUACUAUAAACUGCUGAAAACGGCCAUGGUCGAGCUCAUCAACAAGGACUAUGCGGAUUUUGUCAACCUCUCAACAAACCUGGUUGGCAUGGACAAAGCCCUCAACCAGCUUUCUGUGCCUUUGGGACAGUUACGAGAAGAAGUUCUGAGUCUCAGGUCAUCCUUGAGUGAAGGAAUUCGGGCAGUUGAUGAACGAAUGUCUAAACAAGAGGACAUUAGGAAGAAAAAGAUGUGUGUGUUGAGGCUUAUACAGGUUAUUCGAUCAGUUGAGAAAAUUGAAAUCUUAAAUUCUCAAAAUUCUAAAGAAACAUCUGCACUAGAAGGAAGCAGCUCACUUUUGACUGGACAAAUUUUGGAGAGAAUUGCCACAGAAUUUAACCAGUUACAGUUUCAUGCUGUUCAAAGCAAAGGCAUGCCUCUUUUGGACAAAAUAAGACCACGUAUAGCUGGCAUCACGGCCAUGCUGCAGCAGUCCCUGGAAGGCCUCUUGUUAGAAGGGCUUCGGACCUCCAACGUGGAUAUAAUCCGGCACUGCUUGCGGACUUAUGCCACGAUUGACAAGACACGGGAUGCUGAGGCGCUGGUUGGUCAAGUCCUGGUGAAACCAUACAUGGAUGAGGUGAUUACAGAGCAGAUUGUUGAUACGAAUCUGAGUGGCCUCCAGCUCAUGUAUCAUAAGCUCCUGGAGUUUGUGCCCCACCACUGCCGCCUUCUUCGAGAGGUCACGGGAGGAGCCAUCUCAAGUGAAAAAGGCAAUACUGUUCCUGGAUAUGAUUUUUUGGUGAAUUCUGUCUGGCCAGAAAUAGUACGAGGAUUAGAAGAAAAAUUGCCCUCACUUUUUAAUCCUGGGAAUCCUGAUACAUUUCACCAGAAAUAUACCAUAAGUAUGGAUUUUGUAAGAAACUUUGAGCGGCAAUGUGGAUCACAGGCCAGUGUAAAAAGAUUAAGAGCACAUCCUGCCUAUCACAGCUUCAAUAAUAAGUGGAACUUGCCUGUUUAUUUUCAAAUAAGAUUUAGGGAGGUCGCAGGAUCCUUAGAAGCAGCACUCACAGAUGUGCUGGAAGACGCUCCAGCUGGAAGUCCGUUUUGCCUUCUGGCUUCUCACAGGACGUGGAGCAGCCUUCAGAGGUGCUGGUCCAACCAGAUGUUCCUGCCGCCGCUGGCACAUCGUCUGUGGAGACUCACUCUUCAGAUUCUGGCACGCUACGCCGUGUUUCUCAAGGAGCUUUCACUUAGGCCCAUCUCUAAUGAAAGCACCAAGGAUAUUAAAAAGCCUUUGGUAACUGGCAGCAAAGACCCCUCCGUCGCCCAAGGAAAUAGCGAGGACCAAGGCAGCGGGACUUCCGAGGCGAAGCCCGUGGUCUCUGUCUCCAGCACUCAGCUUGUGUACGCAGUUGCAGACCUGGACAGGCUUCAGGAGCAGCUUCCAGAACUCUUGGAAACAAUCAAGCCAAAACUUGAAAUGAUUGGCUUUAAGAAUUUUUCUUCUAUCUCAGCAGCAGCCCUGGAGGACUCCCAGCUGUCCUUGUCCGCCUGCAUGCCCGCCUUGAGUAGCAGGAUCAUCCUGGACCUGAGUGAGUCUUGCUUCAGUUACUUGAAAAGUGCCCUGGAGGUUCCCAGGCUUUACCGAAGAACCAAUAAGGAGGUGCCAACUACUGCUUCCUCGUACGUGGACAGUGCUCUGAAGCCAUUUCACCAGCUUCAGAGUGGGCACAAGGAUAAGCUCAAACAGGCCGUCAUUCAGCAGUGGUUGGAAGGCGCGCUAUCUGAGAGCACUCAUAAGUACUACGAGACGGUGUCGGAUGUGCUGAGCUCUGUGAGGAAGAUGGAGGAGAGCCUCAAGCGGCUCAAACAGGCCCGCAGAGCCACGCCCACCAACCCCGGGCCCAGCGGCAGUGGUGGCAUGAGUGAUGAUGACAAGAUCAGACUGCAGUUGGCCUUGGACGUGGACUACUUGGGGGAGCAGAUACAAAAGCUGGGCCUGCAGGCGAAGGACAUAAGGAGCUUCCCAGCUCUUGCGGAGCUUGUUGCUGCUGCGCGCGACCAGGCGACGGCAGAGCAGCCUUAAGCAUCUUGGCAGAGCCGGGGAGAGGCAGCUGGACCUCGAACUGCAGGGAAGAAAGCGGCUCUUUGUUCUCUGUGGGCCUGUGGCAGAAAGACACAUCUCCUGUCCCCAGCCGCACCUGCUGCAGCUCCCUCGGUGAAUUUGGGUCUCCUUUCCCAAAAAACACAAAAGCCUUUUUCCAUUGUAUGGAAGAUAGUUUUUAAGACAUUUGAAACUUUCUACCAUAGUUUACAGAGCAAAGUUAUUUUAUUUUUAUUGUAAAUCUUACUGUGGAAGAGUUGAUUCCCAAAAUAUGAUUGAAGUAAAUACACGUAUGUAUGAAUUCAAAAA